AUGUUUCCGUUCCCAACGCGGACGUUGGCCUCAACAGCACCUUCACGUCUUUACGGAUGCAAGCUCCAAAGGUUACGGAGCAGUAGCUUACUUCCGUACCGUAUUCGAGAACCAGUCGAUCAACGUGUCGUUGUUUCGUCAAAAACGCACGUCACACCAGUGAAAGGUGUCACGAUUCCAAGUUUAGAGCUACAAGCUGCAGUAGAAGGUCUCAACAUCGCCCUCACGAUUUGCCCUGCCGAUUUGAGGUCUUCGUCAACAACCGCAUCGGCAACCGCAUCGCACCGGAACACGGGUCGUCGACAAUGGCGUCAUGUUACUGGAGACACUAACCCAGCUGACCUCUGCAGUCCGGGCAUCGAUCCAAAGGACGUCACCGAGUUGAUUAACUUUCACAAAGGGCCUCCGUUUCUCAAUCUGGAUACCUCGGAAUGGUACACUUGGGAAGAAAUUACGGAGCCAGAAGAAAGGGAUGUAAACGUGAUUCGUAUCCUGGCAGUAAAAACGGAAGAUGAAAACCACGUCAUCGAUCGAUGUGUCACCCGGUUUUCCAGUCUGUUGAAACUCCAGUGGGUUCUAGCUUGGAGUAAAAGAUGUACUAAAAACGCUCGGGCGAAAUUACGUAGCGAGAAACUCAUGGUCUGUGAGCUAACGGCAGAAGAAAUGGUGACGUCGUUGGUAAUAUGCAUCAAACGUACGCGGGAAUUUGCUUUUACUGAAGAACUGUACGCCCUUCGCAAAAAUCUGGAAUUGCCACUCAGAUCCAAACUUCGCAUCUUCAAGCCCUUCUUGGAUGAAGUCGGGCAGUUGCGAGUAGGUGGGCGUGUACUUCACGCGCCAAAUGAUUACGCAACUAAACACCCCAUACUCCUGCCAGCUACUCAACUUUUAACAAGAAGGAUAAUUUGGGAUUAUCACAUUAAACAAAUGCACGUCAAGACCGAGAGAUUGCUGACUGACUUACAUUCACGCUAUUGA